AUGGAUAUAGUGAAUCUAGUGACGUUUCUUAUAUUGUUAACUGCAUCGGCGACAAUGAUGGUAGGAGCUCAAAGCCAAUGGGCCUAUGAUGCCCAUGCUACCUUCUAUGGAGAUAUGUCGGGUGGCGAAACUAUGAAGGGUGCGUGCGGGUACGGAGACCUAAACCAGCAGGGGUACGGUCUGAAGACGGCGGCGCUGAGCACGGCGCUGUUCAGCGACGGCGCGGCCUGCGGCGCGUGCUACGAGAUCGAGUGCGUGGACUCGCCGAAGUGGUGCGCCCCGGGGCGCAGGGUCUCCAUCACCGCCACCAACUUCUGCCCGCCCAACCCCGCUCUGCCCAACGACAACGGCGGGUGGUGCAACCCCCCGCGCAAGCACUUCGACCUCUCCAUGCCCAUGUUCGUGGAGAUCACCAAGGACUACCACGCCGGCAUCGUCCCAGUACGCUACCGCCGUGUCCCCUGCUUCAAGAUCGGCGGCAUCCGGUUCGAGCUGGGUGGGAACCCUAACUUCCUGAUGGUGCUCGUGUUCAACGUCGGCGGCGCCGGCGACGUGAGUUCUCUAGAGGUGAAGGGGUCGCGGACGGGGUGGAUGGGGAUGGUGAGGAACUGGGGCCAGAAAUGGGAUCUGCCCGGCCAGCCGCAGCUCGUUGGCCAGGCCCUCUCAUUCCGCGUCACUCUCAGCGACCGGAGGUCGGUGGUUUCCGACGACGUCGCGCCGGCGCAGUGGCAGUUCGGACAGACCGUCGAGGGCAAGCAGUUCUGA